AUGUCGUCGUCGCUCUCCCCCUCCUCCCUCACAAACAGUCUCUGCAGCGAUCGAGGAGCAGGGGAAGGAGGGGAGGAGGAGGCAGAGGAGGAGAUGAAGAGAACAGGAGGAGAGAGAGAGGGAAGAUCCACUUGUCCAGACUCGAUCCACACCUCGGCUUCGUUCUCUGAGCUAGGGGGAGGCAGAGGGGGGGAGGGCGGGGGUUGUAGCGGGGGAGGAGGAGGAUGGGACAGGGAGGUGGGGGCAGUGAGGGAAGUGGGGGAGUGGGGGGUGGAGGAGGAGGUGGAGCCCGCGUGA